AAAUCGCUGAUUAAUGCUCUGAUAUCGGAGUUGCCGCGAUUUUGAUCAGGAACAGGGGCGGGAAAUCCCCUUGUAUUUCUCCUGGCUUAGAUUCAUCCUCUCUCCAAAGCCUUCUUAUUGUAUAUACGGCUGGAUUCACUUCCAAGAAAGCAUCAUGACCAAUAACUCACAAGUUCCAAACCCAGCCCAUAUACAAGCCGACUCGAUGCUGGCUAGGCGCUUCGGCAAAGAGACUGUGAAUUAUUUCUCGAGCUCUCCUCUGAACCGUCUUUCGUUCCUUCGAUCGGACCAUCCCUUUCUCUCCGCCGCUCUCAAACACCCUUCAACCCGAUUCGUCAUUCUCAAGGACCUAGCGCCACUUACGAGGACCCCGGCGGCGCUGUAUUAUGCCAAGUACGAUGAAGUGCGAAAGCUUGUCCCCGAGUCGAUUUAUGAUAAGUCGGAGGAGGAUAUAAUCAAGGACCAUGACUCGCGAAAGACAGAACCGCACCUUAUCUUCCUCGGUCUGGAUGAGGCGGCCAAACAGGAUCCAUUCACCUGGAAGAUCUACUCCGGGGCGCCGUAUUUUGCUCUUGAUGUAUCGGAGAAGGGAUCAGAGGAGCAGCAGGCAAAUGCAAAGAGCGUGCUAGGCGAGUUCGAAGCUCAAGGUCUAAGCUUCCUGCAGGCGAAAAUCGCGAUGACAUUCUCAGCCGAUGAAGCCGCUAUAUAUGCCCAAGGACGUGCCCUCAUUGACUGGAACACGCGCAACAGCUUCUGCGGCACCUGCGGCAGCCGUACAAUUUCCGUAAACUCGGGCACAAAGCGCGCCUGCCCACCCACCGAUGCAGCCCGAGAGGCCGAGGGCAAACCCGCCGACAAGCCCGCCUGUACCACCCGCACCACUCUGUCCAACCUCUCCUUCCCACGCACAGACCCCACCAUCAUCGUCGCCGUUGUCUCCAGCGAUGCGAAGCGGAUCCUCCUCGGCCGCUCCAAGCGCUUCCCGCCAAAUUGGUACUCGACUCUAGCCGGAUUCAUCGAGCCCGCAGAGUCUGUCGAAGAUGCAGUCAGGCGCGAAGUGUGGGAAGAAUCUGGCGUGACACUUUCGCGCGUUAUCAUUCACUCAACCCAGCCGUGGCCGUACCCUGCUAACCUGAUGAUUGGCGCCAUUGCGCAGGUCAGCGACCCCGCGCAUGAAACGAUCAAUCUCGAGCAUGACCCUGAGCUUGAGGAUGCGAGGUGGUUUGAGAUUGAGGAGGUUCAGGAAGCUUUGAACGUGGGAACGAGUAACUUGGAUCAGGCUGCUGGGCCGGAGUAUAAGGAGGGAGCGUUGAGAUUGCCGCCGGCCACAGCUAUUGCCAACCAGUUGAUACAAGCGGCUAUCAAUAUCGAUUUUCUUGCAGGGGAUAAGAACUCGAAGAUGUAAAGUGUCAUAGACAAUACUGCUAGACAAUAUUACUAGAUAGAUUACAUAUGCCAUGAAGCUGUUUCGACACACAUGAAUUGAUAUGUACGGAGUGGAACGAACAUCUCUAACCAACUGUGCAGUGUGGUAUUUCAACAGAUCCAAAUAAACCAGUAAGCCAUUAUCUCCCAACUCCGAAAUAAAAGUAUCACAUAGAAUCACAAAAACGCUCACAUAUUGGCAUAAACCGUCCCAUCCCGAAGUUCAUGAAUGCUGCUAUUUCCAGGCGAAGACCCGACCUCCGUAUAUCGUCGGCCAUCCCUCAAUUCAUGGAUCGUGAUCCGUCGGUGGGACUUUCUCCGUCUCGAACCUCGACUAGAAGACGUAUCCCCUCUUCCCUCGCGUAAAGCGAAAUCAAUACUUUCGGCAUCGCUUUGUGCAGCGCUACUAGUCGGUGUUUCGAUAUCGCUUUCCCUGCCCACGGAUGC